AUGGAGCAACAGGAGCAGCAGCAGCAGCAGAACUCUCAGCAGCCGAGGCCUCAAGGCCAGCAGCAGCAGCAGCAGCAGCAGCAGCAGCAGCAGCAACCGCAGCAGCCUUCGCACACUGGUGGCGUUCAUGGCCCUGCUGGUCGCCGGCUGCACAUUGCUCAUCGUCGGAGUCCUUCCGAGCUGACUCCUCUGAUGAGCAUGUUUGCCAAUCCAGGAAUGGAGCAAUUGGCUAUCCAGCAGCAGAUUGAGCUUCUGCAGCAGCAGCAGCAACAGAUCCAAGCUACGCAACAGCAAUAUGUCAACAUGGGCAUGAUUCCGCCGGGCCAGCCCCUACCCGCCGGCGGUCAGUUCAAUCCUCUGCAAUCCAUGGGUAACCUGCAGCAGCCCAGCUUCCAGUUUCCCGCCCCCGGCCAGAUUCCCCAGCAGAACGUCUCCAUGGGCACCGGACCCGGCCAGUCCAUGCCACACCGCCGCAACCAGUCCGCCCUUCCCAACAUGGGCAUGGGACCCCCUCCUGCGCCCUCGUCUGGUGCUUCCGGCUCGACAUUUGGAAACUUUGAGGCUCCUGGAGCCGGCCAAGGCGGAGGUCACAACCGUGAGGGAUCUUCCGCCAGGGGAGGCCGCGGAGGCGGCGGUGGUCACCAGAGGCGACACUCGCUCGCCCUGGCCGACGCCAAGAAGGCCGCCGAGCUUGCCCAGCAGAAGCGCACCACCACUGGCUUCCAGUUCCCCGGCCCCAACGCCGACAAAGCCGACGAGGAGAACAGGCCGGUUGGCGAUAUGGGACCCCCCCCCGCCGCUGCUCGCGGUGGCCGCGGCAGCCACGGUCGUAGCCAGAGCAUGGCUGUCAACGGCGGUCGCGGUGGCACUCUGGGUGGCGGUGCUGGUGACUUUGGAGGCCGUCGCGGCGGCCAUGGCCGCAGCGGAUCCCGCAACUUUGAGGGCAACUGGCGCACCGGUGGUGGCCAGGGCCAGGACCAGCAGGCCGGCGCUGCUGCUCAGGGUCAGGGCUUCCAACCCAGCCACCGUACCCAGGGCUCCAUGAACCAGUCCAUCUCGUCCAUGGGCGGCUUCCAGUACAGCAACAGCCAGCCUCAGCUUAUGCAGAUGCCCGGCCAGAUGAUGAUGCCCCAGAUGUACGGCCAGCAGCUCAACCCCAUGCAGCAGCUUCAGGCCCUCCAGGCCGCUCAGAUGAAUGGUCAGCAGCUGCAGGGCCUUCAGUCAUCCCAGCACGCCGGCCCGCUCGGCGGACAGAACCAGCAGCAGCAGAACCAGCAGCAGCGCAAGACCCUCUUCACCCCUUACCUGCCCCAGGCCUCGCUGCCCGCUCUCCUCGGUGACGGCCAGCUCGUUUCCGGUAUCCUCCGCGUCAACAAGAAGAACCGCAGCGACGCUUACGUCACCACCUCGGACGGUGUUCUCGACGCCGAUAUCUUCAUCUGCGGCAGCAAGGACCGCAACCGUGCUCUCGAGGGUGACCUUGUCGCUGUCGAGCUCCUCGACGUCGACGAGGUCUGGUCGCAGAAGCGCGAGAAGGAGGAGAAGAAGAAGCGCAAGGACAUCACCGACACACGCUCCGGCUCCACCAACCAGGGCCACCGUGACACCGGUAACAAUGACGACGGCAGUGCUGCCGACGGUGGCAUCCGCCGUCGCGGCAGUCUCCGUCAGCGUCCCACGCAGAAGAAGAAUGACGAUGUCGAGGUUGAGGGUCAGAGCCUCCUGCUCGUCGAGGAGGAGGAGAUCAGCGACGAGCAGAAGCCUCUGUACGCCGGCCACGUCGUCGCCGUCAUCGAGCGUGUCGCCGGCCAGAUGUUCUCUGGUGCCCUGGGUCUCCUGCGCCCCAGCAGCCAGGCCACCAAGGAGAAGCAGGAGGCCGAGCGUGCCGCCCGCGACGGUGGCAGCGGCCGCCACAACGACUCGAGGCACCAGGACAAGCCCAAGAUUGUCUGGUUCAAGCCUACGGACAAGCGCGUUCCCCUCAUUGCCAUCCCCACCGAGCAGGCCCCGCGUGACUUUGUCGAGAAGCACCAGGAGUACGCCGACCGCAUCUUUGUCGCGUGCAUCAAGCGCUGGCCCAUCACCUCGCUCCACCCCUUCGGUACCCUCGUCGAGCAGCUCGGCCGCAUGGGCGACCUCAAGGUCGAGACGGAUGCCCUCCUCCGCGACAACAACUUUGCCUCGGACGAGUUCUCCGAGGCCGUCCUGCGCAGCGUUGGUCUCCAGGACUGGUCCCUGGACAAGGAGGACGAGGAGGCUCUGUCUGCCCGCCGAGACUUCCGCGACGAGACCCUGUACACCUUCGCCUACGAGGGUGGCGGCGCCGAGCUGGGCAACGCCGUCCACGUCAAGUCCCGCCCCGACGGCAAGGUUGACAUCGGCAUCCACGUCCCCGACGUCACCCACUUCGUCAAGCCCAACACCCUGGUCGACCGGGAGGCCAAGAAGCGUGGCACCUCUGUCCAGCUGCUCAACCGCUUCUGCGCCCUGCUCCCGCCCAGGCUGACCGAGGAGGUGUGCUCUCUCGUUCCUGGAGAGGACCGCCUCGCCGUCAGCGUCGUAUUCACCGUGAACCCCCACAACGGCUCGGUCGCCGAGGGCGACAGCUGGGUCGGCCGCAGCAUCGUCAAGAGCACCGCCAAGCUGGCCCUGUCCGACAUCGACAAGGCCCUGGACGAUGCCUCCAAGGUUGACGGCUCGUCUGUCCCCCUCAGCGCCAUCCAGAUACUCAAGGCCGUCUCCCAGAAGUUCAGGGAGAACCGUCUGGGUGCUGACGGCGAGCCCAUCGCUCCCCUCCGUCUCCUCCAGCAGAUUGACGAGGAGAACAACCCUGUGCAGCACAACCUGUUCGACUCCACCGAAGCUCUAGAGCUCGUCGAGGAGCUCAUGCACAAGGCCAACGCCUUUGUUGCUCAGAAGCUGGCCGAGGGCCUGCCCGAGAAGGCCCUUCUCCGCCGCCAGGGCGCCCCCAUCCCCAGGCGUCUCCAGACGUUUGCCGAGCGCAUGACGGCCCUCGGCUACGACAUUGACACGUCUAGCAGCGGUGCGGUGCAGAAUAGCCUGUUCAAGGUGGACGACCCGGAGCUCCGCCAGGGCAUGGAGACGCUCCUGAUUAAGUCUAUGCACCGUGCCAAGUACUUCAUCGCCGCCAAGACCCCCAAGAUCGUCUGGCCCCACUACGCCCUUAACCUCCCCUUGUACACGCACUUCACCAGCCCCGCGCGCCGCUACGCCGACAUCAUCGUCCACCGCCAGCUCGAGGCGGUGCUGUCCGAGGGCAAGAUUGAGUACACGGAGGAGAUGGAGAACCUGGUCAAGACGGUCGAGGCCGUCAACACGAAGAAGGAGUCGGCCCAGAACGCCCAGGAGCAGAGCGUGCACAUCGAGACGUGCCGCGCCCUGGACAAGAAGCGCCAGGAGUCGAACGGCGACCUGAUUGCCGAGGGUAUCGUGCUGUGCGUCUACGAGUCUGCGUUUGACGUGCUGAUCCCCGAGUGGGGCUUCGAGAAGCGCGUCCACUGCGACCAGCUGCCGCUCAAGAAGGCCGAGUUCCGCAAGGAGAAGCGCAUCCUCGAGCUGUACUGGGAGAAGGGUGUGCCCAGCUCGGCGUACGUGCCCGAGGACGAGCGCCCCAAGGCUGCCGCCUCGCAGAGGAUGAACAGCGCCGCCGCGGCGCAGAGGAAGGCCGAGGAGGCGGAGCGCCAACAGCGCCAGCGCGAAGAGGCUGCGCGCAAGCAGACCGAGACCGGCACCAUCUCCACGGACGACGUCGACGCCCUCUUUGACGACGACGACGACGACAACAACUCGGACGUGACCGAGGCCAUGGCCGGCGCGUCGCUGGCCGAGAGGCCCACGCAGAGCGUACCCGGAUCGCCCGCCCGAUCAACGGCCGCCAACAGCAACGCCGCCGACAGCAACCUGCACCGCACGCAGUCCGACUCCAAGAUGCCGGCUUCGGACGCCGUCGAAGCCCGCCUUACGAACAAGGAGAAGUACCUCAAGCUGUUCACCCUUCGCGAGGAAGGCGGUGACUACAUCCAGGAUGUCACCGAGCUGACCCGUCUGCCCAUUGUCCUCAAGACGGACCUGAGCAAGAGUCCUCCUUGCGUCACCAUCCGUUCUCUGAACCCUUACGCGCUGUAA